AAGGUGAAGUAAGACAUGUAUGCGCUUGUGAAAUGGUGUGCCGGGGUUGAUAAGGGGAAAUUUAGUAUUGUUCACAUUAAAUACAUACGAAAUUUUGAUCUGGAAAGUUUUGUAAACGGCGUGAUUACCUACGAAGACGAAUUUGCCGUCGAGUGGGGUGUGGGAAAACGACCAAAAGGUGGAUUCCCCAUUUAUAUGGCUACCGUUCAAUCAGUUGGAGACAUGAAUACUUUGGAGCGAAAGUUGGACAAACGUUCGAAGAAAGAUUCCAAAGACAAUGCCAUUGUGGGAAAGAGAAUCCGUGUUGCCAAACGUCUGUGGGAGGAUGAGGAUGAGGAUGACCCCCCUACUGCCGUGGCCACAGUCAGUGGAACCAAAGCUGCCAUUCACAAUCAAGGGGCUGAAAUCCUAGCUUCCAUUUCCUUGGAAGAACAAGCAGAAAAUAGUGACAACGAGCUCUCACUUGUGCGUCAAGAAUUGCUAGAAAUAAAAAAAUUCAUCUAUACAGAGAUACCUCAGAUAAAAGAAAUGCUCAACAGAAGCUCCAUGCACCUCGGCAGUCCAGGGUCUCUCCCCAGCCCUUCAAACCCUGUUCAAAUAGAAGAAAUUGUCCCAGGUUCAGGUGUUUACGUAUCACGAAGUGUGUGGCGCUCUGCUUGCCAGGCAUCUAGUGGGACUUCAAUGGCAAGGAUUUUGCUGCUUGGGGUGUUUGACAUUGAAACACUCAUCAAAAGUAAUUUGAGAGGAGGGGAAUCCAAGUUUCAAACGGGGGAGAUGGGGAGAAAAGAAGCGCCCUGGAUGAAAUAAAAGCGAAAGCUAUAAUGGGUAAGUUAUGAUUUUGCUAUUUGACAUCAUCUGCCACAGGUCUGUAUGUAAAGUGUUGUGAGCCUUAACUCAGUCAAAUCUCCUCAAGAACAACUUGGGGUUAAGUGCCUUGCUCAAGGGCACAACGGUGGUGACCGGGAUUCGAACUCCAAAUUCCAGGCUACUAGCAUACUAGCCAGGUUCCUUUACUGCUGUGCUACCACCACCCCUUUUGGCUUUGUGCCUGCAUCCGAACCACACCCAUAGAAAUA